AUGGCAGAAGGGGGCUUUGACCCUUGUGAAUGCAUCUGCAGCCAUGAGCACGCGAUGAGGCGUCUCAUUAACCUGCUCAGAAACACUCAGUCCUACUGCACAGACACAGAGUGUCCUAUGGAAUUACCUGGGCCUGGUGAAGGGUCCACUGGUGGAGGAGAGCUGACCUUCCCCAUUAUUCUGAUGGGAUGGAUGGUACUUGCUGUCAUCCUGUUUCUGCUUCGCCCUUCUACUCUGAGAGGUCACUCUUCAACUGAGAAAAACACUGAACCCCACAAUGGGAGAGAACCACCAGCGCCACCUGUUGACUAG